AUGUCUAGGGCGCGUUUGCCGCCACUAUUGUACACCGCUGUCGUUCGACUUAGAACGGCGGUGGGUAUCGAGCCACUCAUACGAGGCAUGGCCUCUAGUACCCGAGCGGCAGUCAACCCGGAUACCGCACGCCUCCUGGUGAGCGCGCGCAGACAGAAGCAAGCUUCGUUUCCACUUGUACCACUAGCGAUGGCUGGCGAGGGUGAAAGGAAACGACGCAAAACAGUGCAGCGCUCUCCGAAAGAUGAAAAAAAAGCUGAAAAAGGAAACGCUGUUCAAAACGCUGGUCGCGGCGAAUUGAGAGACACCGGGAAGGAAAGUCCUGCAGAUGUACCGAUCAGUUCGAGCGGACGCCCCUGGGGUGCGCCGCAAGACCCGAAAGUCGCAAAGCUCGCCUCCUACAACAUUGCUUCACUGCGAAGUGCGCUCUCAAGAUCGAAACACCUUUUCGACGCGUUCAUUGUGCACGAGUGCCCGGACCUGCUCACUGUUCAGGAGAUAAAAGUGUCAGAACCUAUUCCUGAAGCGAUCAAGUCCGCGCUCCAAGAGCACUAUGAGACUUGCCUUUUCCAUCCGUGUCGAAGCAAGCGUGGGUACUCUGGGACGGCACUCUUUCUGCGAAAAGGCUCUUGCCUUGGCGAGCCCGUUCGAGUCCAAUACGGGUUCGAUCCCGAGCUCGGCGUAGAAGAUUCUGAGGGGCGGGUCAUCAUUGUCGAGUUUUCAAGCUGUGUGGUGUGUAGCAUGUACGUACCGAAUAGCGGCGAGGGCCUCAAGCGCCUUGAUUAUCGCAUUCGCGUAUGGGACGAAGCAGUUCGGGCACAGCUGAAACGCCUUGGACAAGGCACUGGGAAACCCAUCAUCUGGUGCGGUGACCUGAACUGCGCCCACCAGGAAAUCGAUAUCUGGAACCCGGAGGGCAAUCGUCGCAGCGCGGGCUUUACUGAUGAGGAGCGGGCGAGUUUUUCGCAAACCCUGCAGGAAUGCGCACUCCUGGACACGUUCCGCUGGCUGCAUCCAUCUGUCCGCGCCUACUCCUACAUCGGGUAUCGGCAUGUCCAGAACUACUUCCAGAAUCGAGGAUGGCGCUUAGACUACUUCUGUUGUAGCGCCAGUGCUGCCGCACACAUCGUCGACAGCUAUAUUCGCUUUGAUAUAGAGAUCUACGGCGCAGCGUUUCAGCAAACGCAAGUAAAGCGCGAAGAGGUGCGGCGACUGUCAGAUCAUUGUCCAGUCGUACUGCUUUUUCGCACGGUCUGA